GGUUCCAAUGCGGCGGGGGCUCCUGUGUCCUUGUGCGGAAAUGACACACGGAGUCCCGUCACGUCACGCGAGAGCGCAGCGCACGGACACACACAAAGAGAGGGGAAAAUACACGGCGCCCGCCCGCCGCCCCCAGGAACUCCCCGGGCCGCCCCGGCCAGGCCGUCGCGCGAGUCCCCAGCUCCCCGGACCUGCGCUACCCCGCACCCCACGUGGCGCCCAAACUCGGCGCGGGCCCGCUCUGCAAAGUACAGAACUCGUGUCCCAGGUAGCUCCAUGGAGAUAAAAGGAGAUUUGGAUGCUCCAGCUGCUGUUGGAAUGAGAACUCCAAGGCUGAAGAACCUCAACGGAAGAUGGAGGAUUCUUGGGACUAGAAGAUGAACUCAACUGAAUUCAAUGAAGAUGUAGAAGAAGUUCUAAAAAAUAACACUGUGAAAGUGGAGACAGAGGCUGAAGAUGCUGCCCUGGACUGCUCAGUGAAUUCCAGGUCUUUGGAGAAGCACCCUCUGGACAGCGUCUUCACCGCCCUGCAGGACUCCAGCAAGCGGAAGCAGCCGGGCAGCGAGGGCCAGCCAGACCCUGUCUCCAGCGUGAAGAGGCGGCGGCUGAUUCCCGAGGCACUUCUAGCAGGCAUGAGGAACCGGGAAAACAGCUCGCCCUGCCAGGGCAAUGGGGAGCAGACUGGCAGGGGCAAGAACUUGGUUUCUGUGUGGCCGGGCGAGGAGGAGCCCUGCGGUGACCUGAGCGCCCCCUCCUACAAGAAGCCCCUGUACGGCAUCUCGCACAAGAUCAUGGAGAAGAAGAACCCUCCUGCAGGGGACAUGCUCAGCACAUAUGAGCUCUUGGAGAAGGCAAACCCCAGCAACAGCCCCUCGCCACUGCGGCUCCUGAACGAGACACAGAAGCGGGACAGUGUCGGUGCGGCUGCAGCCACCGACAGCGACCCCAACAUCUACUUUCUAAUCCAGAAGAUGUUCUACAUGCUCAACACACUGUCCUCCAACAUGUCGCAGCUGCACAGCAAGGUGGACCUGCUGUCCCUGGAGGUGAGCCGCAUUAAGAAACAGGUGAGUCCUACAGAGAUGGUGGCCAAGUUCCAGCCACCCCCUGAGUACCAGCUGACCGCCGCCGAACUCAAGCAGAUCGUGGACCAGAGCCUGUCGGGCGGCGACCUGGCCUGUCGCCUGCUGGUGCAGCUCUUCCCCGAGCUCUUUAGCGACGUGGACUUCUCCCGGGGCUGCAGUGCCUGCGGCUUUGCAGCCAAGAGGAAGCUGGAGUCGCUGCACCUGCAGCUCAUCCGCAACUAUGUGGAGGUCUACUACCCCUCGGUGAAGGACACGGCCGUGUGGCAGGCCGAGUGCCUGCCCCAGCUGAACGACUUCUUCAGCCGCUUCUGGGCCCAGCGGGAAAUGGAGGACAGCCAGCCGGGGAGCCAGGUCGCUGGCUUCUUCGAGGCUGAGCAGGUGGACCCCAGCCACUUCCUGGACAACAAAGACCAGGAGGAGGCCCUGUCCCUGGAUCGGAGCAGCACCAUAGCCUCCGACCAUGUGGUGGACACACAGGACCUCACCGAGUUCCUGGACGAAGCCUCGUCGCCAGGAGAGUUCGCGGUCUUCCUCCUGCACCGGCUCUUCCCCGAGCUCUUUGACCACCGGAAGCUGGGCGAGCAGUACAGCUGCUAUGGGGACGCCGGCAAGCAGGAGCUGGACCCGCAGAGGCUGCAGAUCAUCCGCAACUACACGGAGAUCUACUUCCCCGACAUGCAGGAGGAGGAGGCCUGGCUGCAUCAGUGUGCCCAGCGUAUCAACGAUGAGCUGGAGGGGCUGGGGCUGGACGGGGGCAGCGAGGGGGAUCCCCCUCGGGACGACUGCUACGACUCCUCCAGCCUGCCCGACGACAUCUCAGUGGUCAAAGUGGAGGACAGCUUCGAGGGUGAGCGGCCAGGCCGGCGGUCCAAGAAGAUCUGGCUGGUGCCCAUUGACUUUGACAAGCUGGAGAUCCCUCAGCCUGACUUCGAGGUGCCGGGUGCCGACUGCCUGCUCAGCAAGGAGCAGCUGCGCAGCAUCUAUGAGAGCAGCCUGUCCAUCGGCAACUUUGCCUCACGCCUGCUGGUGCACCUCUUCCCCGAACUCUUCACGCACGAGAACCUGCGCAAGCAGUACAACUGCAGCGGCUCCCUGGGCAAAAAGCAGCUGGACCCUUCCCGCAUCAAGCUCAUUCGCCAUUAUGUGCAGCUGCUCUACCCCCGGGCCAAGAACGACCGGGUCUGGACGCUGGAGUUUGUGGGCAAACUGGACGAGCGCUGCCGGCGCCGGGACACGGAGCAGAGGCGCUCCUACCAGCAGCAGCGCAAAGUCCACGUGCCAGGCCCCGAGUGCAGAGACCUGGCGAGCUAUGCAAUCAACCCCGAGAGGUUCCGAGAGGAAUUUGAAGGGCCCCCACUGCCCCCUGAGAGAAGCAGCAAGGACUUCUGCAAGAUCCCUCUGGACGAGCUGGUGGUCCCGUCGCCCGACUUCCCGGUGCCUUCCCCGUACCUGCUGUCGGACAAGGAGGUGCGCGAGAUCGUGCAGCAGAGCCUCUCGGUGGGCAACUUCGCUGCCCGGCUCCUCGUCAGGCUCUUCCCCGAACUCUUCACGGCCGAGAACCUCCGGCUGCAGUACAACCACUCUGGGGCCUGCAACAAGAAGCAGCUGGACCCCACACGGCUCCGGCUCAUCCGCCACUAUGUGGAGGCCGUGUACCCCGUGGAGAAGAUGGAAGAGGUGUGGCACUACGAAUGUAUCCCCAGCAUCGACGAACGGUGCCGCCGCCCCAACAGGAAAAAAUGUGACAUCCUGAAGAAAGCCAAGAAAGUGGAGAAGUGACGGGUAGCCAAGGGCCUGGGCCUUCUCGGGAGCAUGUGUAUGGUACCCACAGACUCGCACCUUACGUCGGUGGGAAGGGGCUCACUACUUUGCACAUGUACACACCCACCCCACUACAAGAAAGAAGCCUUACGUUUGGUGUCUCCCACUUCUGACUUUGGCCCUGAGUCCCCGGCGGUGCAGCCAGUGUGGGGGUGGCUGGGCUGGGAGAGCAGAGGCCUCAGGAGCAGGGGUUCUCUCGCCUUGGCUCUGUCCCCCCCUUCUUCUCGAUUUGAAAUGCAAAUUCAGCAACUCUCUUGUUCCUCUGCCCACAUUUUACAUCUUCCAUUUUUAUCAGUUCCUUUUGUAGCUGUUGUUGUUGUUGAAAGGAAAUCCCUUUUUAAAAGAUCAUUGGGCUCUUCUUUAAAAGGAAUCUUUUAAAUAUUCAAGGUGAACUACUGUUAGGUGGCUUCAGUUACUGGGAUUUCUUUUCAAGGUAGUUUCAGAUUUAUGGAAUUUUUAGAAUGGCCACAUUUGGGUGUGAUGGCUGAUAGUAACUUCAGGUGGUGCAGAGACCCACUCUACUGACCCUGCCUUUCACAUCCGGUUUCGGAAGAGCCGAGAUGCCCCUGGAUGGCAGUAGAUGGGGUGGAAUAGUGUGGUGUCCUCUCUGCCCUGGGGUGCUCCUUCCCUUCCGCCACAGCGCGAAGGUCAGGGCUUCCUCACGGCCUGGCCUGUUCGGCAUUGCCGGGUCAGUAGAAUGUGGGGCUCACUCUCUGUAGACAAGAACACUGGAUGAUGAUGAUGAUGAUGAUGAUGAUGAUGAUGAUAUGAAUGUAGAUAGACAUGGAAACAUGUUCACGGUGUCAUGUGAGCUGUGUCCUUCCACUUGCCUCUUUUUUUCUCCACAUGAGGAUGCUGGUUGGAGGGGUAGACACAUUUCCUUGGAGAACAGUGUGUGUGAAUAAUUGGCUUCUUGUUUGAUUUAAGGAUGGGUCUCUUUGGACUCGCCGAGAACUGUUUACUUUCUGUGUGUGUGUGUGUGUGUGCGCGCGCGCAGAACCGGGGUUCUGGGAGCUGUGUGUGUGUGUGUGUCCUUCCCCACAGUGCAGUGUCCGCUCCUCCGCUCAGUGUGUGUCCGUGGUCCUCAGGGUGGGCCCAGCCCCUCGGGCCUUCUCGGGGACGCCUGCUGUUGGGAGGACACGGUUGUCUGAGUGGGACACCCAUGUCCGUUCCCAGGGUCCACUCAGAGCUCUCCCCUCAGACCCCCUAGAAGAGCCUGCUGUCCUCCAUCCGGCUGGUCCCUUGGCCUUGGGGUGAGACAUUUCUUCUCACUGGUUGAGAAGGUCAAACUGCUUCAGGCUAGUGGUGUGUUCUCCAAGAGUUCUAACCAGGAAACUUCUCAAAUAGUUAAAGUCCUUAAAAACAAUACUUUUAUUUAUCAGACUUUGGGGGCCAAAUGCCUAGGAGGGAAGGGAAACAGUCUAACUCAAACUGAAUACAUCAUACCAGAAGCCCGAAAAAAUGAGUGAGUCACACAGGGUAGUCAUAAAACCUUUGUGGCUUAAUAUUUUGCUACCUUAAAAUGCAGAAAUAAUAGAAACAAUCUGUGAAUUGUCUUUAUGCAGCUGAUUAGGACUUCAGUUCUGCUGGCUGUAUGACAUAAUUUUGCCUGUACCGAGCAGGCUUUGUUUUUUUUUUUUUAAUAUAUAUGACAGGAUUCUGAGCAAUGUAAACUUGCUGGUGUAACUUAAGUAAAUUCGCUUUUAAAUGUCACUUACAGAUUAUUUCUGUUGCAACUGCAGGCCUCAAAUUUCUGAAAUUUAGAAAUGUGCAGGGAUUUAAUGACUCUCACCUACCCACACAUGCGCGCAUACUUUUCUUAUUAAAAAACUGAAGGGAGAUGAAGGGGACCUACAUAAAUACCAAGUUCAACCGCUUUGUGCCUGGAAAGAAGAAGGGACUGCAGCAGCCAGGAGGCUCACUCUCCCCCCAUCACCUGGGCCUUUCUCAAUGCCUUAGUUACCCACCCCCCCACACACACACACGUGCGUGCAUGCACGCUCACACACGCACACGCACGCUCUACCCAAAGAUGGCAGUGGCCCUCGCCCACCAGUCCUGCUGGUUGGAGGGUGUGCCGUGGAGUUUGUUCUGGUCUCGAGGAUGCAUCCAAGAGGAUUCCAAGCCAUGUGAAAUUGUUCUGCUUCCAGGGGGUGGAACGUGACCCGCAACUUCAGAAGCACAAUCAUUUAUUAAUAAUUUUUAUAAAAACCUUACCCACCCACAUUAAAGAAAUCAACAGGUUCUAGGUUCUAAGAAUGAAUGCUGUUUCUCCAUAACCUAGAGUAUGUUCUGUUUUUUGGAAGCUGCAUUUCCGUGGUUUCCUCAAUACCUUUCCUGCUUAGGGCUUCUUCUCCCCAAACCUUAGACUCCCUUUCAGUGCAGAGAGGUGGACGCACUCGGGGAGCUGUUUGCUGUCCCCCUGGAUGACCCCACAAGGGGAUGCACGCAGGUCCUGUCUCUUUCUGUAUGGCGUCCUCAGUCAGCCAUACAGGUAGGCUCAGGGGCAGUUUUUUACACAAAGCAAUAGAAGUACAAACUACUUUUUUCAAAAUUUCAUGUUUUCCAUAAAAUCUGUUGGUGAAUCCCUUCCCCCUCUCCAUCUAAAUUCUUUUGUUUUUACUUGUUUUUGGAUUUUUUGAGGGGGGGGGCCUCGUAUCUGGAGAACAAAAGGAUUAGCACACACACAUUCUGACGUUAAGUAGCAUGUCACCACAGGUGUUAGUGUCCCUCGUUUUCUGUGUUUGCAGGUUUUAAAAGAAUGUAUGAAGGGAGCCUCGAAUGUACCGAGUGUUCUAAUCCUGCUUCAGUUUGUUCUGGCGGUGUCGGCGCGACGGCAACCGUCUCACAGGGAGUACAGUUUCGUCUUGUGUCGUGGGGGAUCGUCUGCCCCUCCCAGUUGGUGUCGGCCCUGCGCCCUCUUUUCUUUAAGUUGGAGGGAGGGCUGUCCCAUCAACCAGCCAGUGGGAUCUCCGUAGUGAUAAGUGGAUUCGCUGUUUUAAAUGUUAAGAGUCACUGGCCCGACUGGACUACACAGUGUGGCCACUCGGAUUCCUAUAGAGGCGGCCUCUGUUUCCACCUCCUCCCCCAGAUGUCUGCCUCUUGCCCGACUGAGAGGGGGCUGUUUCAAGACCCCUGAUUGGGUCAUUGGGCUUUGCCGCUGCCCAUGUAGGUAGAUGAUGUGGAGUGGGGUGGGGGCCCAGGGGCUGCUGCCGCCCACUUGCCUUGCGUAGAUCCAGCCUUAAUGUUUUUUCUGACGUCCUAGUGAUAGCAGACCCUGCACAAAGUGGAUAUCAGAGUUAAUACUGUGAGGAGACAAAAUAAUGAGCAUAGUUUUACCAAAGAUAAUGAAAUACCACAUAAUGUCUGCAUUUUACCAUUGAUUUGAGUGCAUCCUUAGAAAACUGAAUGUAACAAAAACCCAGGACAUUUUUGGAAAUUGUAUGCUCUCUAGCAACUCUGUGUGAAUUUUUAUACAA